UUCUAGGGAUGUCUGGACAAACAUGGAGGGUCAUGGAAGGGAAUCUGAAAGGAGGCACAGUCCAGAUCCUCUGCUGACCAGGAAGCUGGUGCCUUUCUUUGUCUCCUGCACCUUCUACUUCUUCCUCUGGAUGCCCACAGAAAAGCCCAGCUGGAAUAGUGCUCUGGGCAAAUGCCUUCCCAUCCUCUGUCUGGCUCUCUUUGUCUACAACACUGCCCCACCAGGACCAUAUGGCCAAUUCAUCUGGGUAGGUCUCCUCUGCUCCGCCCUAGGGGACAUUUUCCGUACCUGGCCCAACCAGUUCUUCUUUAGUAUGGCGGCCUUUGCCUUGGCUCAUCUCUUCUAUCUCAAGGCACUGGGCUGGAUCCCAGUGCGCCAGGUCCUCCUGGAAUUUGUGGUAGUCAUCUUCCUCCCCUACUUUGGGCUCCUGGAGCCUCACCUCCCUUCCAGCCUACGUCUCCCUGUGCUUGGCUAUGUGACUAUCCUGGGUCUGAUGCUGUGGCGGGCACUGGCCCGAGGGAGAACUGCGGCACUUGGAGGCCUGUUCUUCAGCAUCUCAGAUGCCAUCUUGGCCUGGAACACCUUCAUCCAGCCCCUGCCUUCAAGCCAUCUGAUCAACAUGGUCACCUACUAUGCUGCCCAAGUCCUGCUGGCUCUGUCAACAGUUGACAGGCAGACUCCAGAGAGGGAUUGGCCCCCUGGUCAGGUCUUAGCAUACCAGUGACUUGGAGCUUGGCCCAUCAGCAACUAAGAAAAUCAAAACAGACUUCCUGUAGGAGAUGGCACUUGAAACAUGGCAAAAUAAUAACUUGUGACAUCCUCAGAUAUGCCAAUAGAUUUGUUGUUUUAUUAUUGUGGUCAUGUUAUCCAUCAAUAUAGAAAAGAGCCAAUCCAUACCAGUCCAUCUAGCAUGAAUCUUGAUUCCCGACUUCACCAUUUUAUAUUGUGCUUUGUUUUUCGUAGAGCUUUCACACAAAGGUAGCCUAGAGUAAUGGAAAUAGUAUGAGACAGGACACCUAGGUUCUGGUCUUGGCUCUACAAUUACCUUGUUGUUUUAUGCUGGCCAAGUGAAAUGAUCUUCCAGGAUAUUAGCUUCCUUAUUUGUAAAAGCAGAGGCACCAGAUGUUCCCUUGGGUCACUUGCAGCUUUACAGAUCUCUGAAUCUCUUGUGACCCUCAUUGUUCGGUGAGAAGGGCAGGAAGCUAAGACUCAGAGAGGUCAAUUAACUAACUUGCCCAAAAUCACUCAGUUAGAUAUUUUUAAAAGUAUCUAGAAUACACAGAUUUAGCAGUUUUCUUGAUCCAAAUUAAUAAAAUCACAUUUCUUG